AUGGCGUUCUCUUCCAUGCUGACCCAGUACUGGCCACCGCCACCGACCUUUACCGAGAAAGAUGUCCCCAGCCAAGAGGGGCGCGUGUUCAUCGUCACCGGCGGGAACCAGGGUGUUGGGUACGAGCUCAUCAAGAUGCUCUACCCUACCGGUGCCGUCAUCUACAUGGCCAGCCGCUCUAAGGAACGUGCUGAACAAGCCAUCAAGGACAUCGUGUCUGCGGACCCAUCUGGCUCUACGCGCCUUCUAUUCCUCUAUCUCGACCUCGACGACCUCAAUGUGGUCCGAAGUGCUGCCAAAACAUUCUCCGAGCAGGAGUCGCGCCUCGAUAUCAUAUGGAAUAACGCAGGGGUUGGGGCUGUGAAGGUCGGUUCUAAGACCAAGCAGGGAAUCGAGGCCCAUAUGGGAGUCAAUGUCAUCGGUCCUUUUCUCUUCACUCAGCUCCUCCUCCCGAAAUUGCAGGUGGCGGCGGUAGCCUCUCCAAAGAAUAGCGUCCGCAUUAUUUGGACCAGCUCCUGUGCUAUGGAGCAGCUGUCCCCGAAGGGUGGCUGCAACCUCAAGGACAUCGAGGAGGGCGGGACCAACAACGCUUACGUCAACUAUGCGAUGUCCAAGGCGGCAAACUGGAUGGUUGCUGACGAGGCUGGGAAGCGCUAUGGCAAAGACGGCAUCAUCAGCGUGGUUCAGAAUCCGGGCAACCUAAAGACACAGAUCUACAACACCCAGACCAAACUCAUAAUGUUCUUCAUAAACAGGCUGCUACAUCCACCAAAGCUAGGCGGCUAUACCGAGCUAUAUGCAGGCCUCAGCCCGGAGAUCACAGAGAAGCAGCAGGGCGGGCUCAUCAUCCCGUGGGGGAGAGUCCAGGCCCGCAACCCGAGGAAGGAUAUCCACGAAGCACUAGAGGAAGGCAGGGGAAAGGAGUUGUGGGAUUGGAUUGAAGCCCAGACUAAGGCGUAUGCUUGA